AAAUAGAAAAGAGGUAUCCCCUCUAUUGUUUAUAGUCUAUGGUCUAUAUAAUCUUUCUGCUUUGAUCGACGAUGUAUAUAUAUAUAUAUAUAUAUACAUGUGUGCGUUAUCACUUAUCUUUUGUGAUGUGCAAACUAUACGAAGUAGUAUUUUAUAUAAAUUAUUAUAUAUUUUUACUGUUUUAAAAAAACUACGUAAUAAUAGUUUAGUGAUGGCUAAAAUAAAAUACGCAUGUAUUAUCACAAAAGAUGAUCCAAACAAAAGGUAUUGUAAACCAGUUGAUGUUAUCUACAAAUCUAAAAAGGAAAAAGAACAUAUAUCUCCAUCUAAUGCACAAGAUUUUGAUGAGAGUCACGUCUAUCAAGUUUAUUGGAGGUCGUGUGGAAGCAACUGUAACAUUGAAGAUAAAUGUUGCUCAUUUUACAAAGCUCAUAUUAUCAGUCUAGGAGAAUCUGAAGAUAAGACAUUAGAAGCAGCUAAUAAAAGGCAAAAAAGAUUUCGAUUAAAGAAAAAAAUUGAUACAAGCUGUGAAUCAACUGAAAGUACGGUCGAGGAGGAAGUACAAAUAUCCCAAUCGAGUAAACUUGCUACAAGUAAAGGAAAUAUUAUUAACUCCAGUAAUGUUAUCCAAAGUACAAAAAGAGCAUUUUAUUACAAACAAGAAAGCAGCUUUGUCUCGAUGAUGCAAAUGAUGAUGAUAAAUCUACCGAUGAAGGUGUAAUAAAAAAAAGGCGCAUAUCAGAAAUGUGUGAAAACCUUAGUUUAGGUGCAAUUGGUGAUUCCACGAAAUUACUAACAAUAAGGAGCCACGCAUCGUUUACAAAAGAUACCAUUAAAUACAAUGCCUACUCGAAACGAUUCAAUGUCAUCUGGGUUUUCUACACUUCCAUUAAAA